AUGGAUGAAACCUUAAAUAUAUCUAUUCCAGGUUUUGUGUUAGAUGAAGGUAUCCAAAAAAAUGAAAUAUUAAAAAAGGUUCGAAACUAUUGUGGUUGGAGACAAGAUACUUUCCCAGGUUCCCAACCAGUUUCACUGAACCAACAAAAGCUUGAAUCUUGUAUUGGUAGAAAUACAUAUGUUGCUUGUGAAAAAACUGAUGGUAUUCGCCUAUUACUUUAUGCAGCUAGUCGACGGGUUUUCUUAAUUGAUCGUAAUCAACAAGUAAAUGUUGUUAAUAUGACUUUGCCAAGUACCUAUUGGUUUACAAUAGUAAGUAUCCAAGAGCACUUCAUAAAUAAUAAUGAGACUUCUGUAACAGAAAAUGAUAAUACAAAAGAUCUUAACUUUUCUUCUUUAAAUAAAGAAUUGGUUAAUUUAAAUCCAAAUAAUGAGCAACAUAUGACAUAUUUUCAACAGAAUACCUUAUUGGAUGGAGAAUUAGUUAAGGAUACAUUUUCUAUUGACGACCAAAAAUUAACAAUUUUAAGAUAUUUGGUAUAUGAUUGCAUUUCAAUUGAAAGAGAUGAGACUAUAAAAUUACUACCACUUUUGGAAAGGUUAAAAAAUGCUUAUUUAAAGGUGAUUAAACCAAAAAUAUUAUAUGACAGAAUAAUAAAAAAAUUUUUUGGUGAAAUGAAACAAAUUAAAAGUGACCCAUUUGAAAUAUAUAUUAAGGAUUUUUUUGAAGUUACCGAUGUGCCUGCUAUUUUAAACUUCUCAAAACGUCUACCUCAUUUAUCAGAUGGAAUUAUAUUUACCCCUCUUCACCUGCCUUACAUUCCUGGAACCUGUCCACAACUACUAAAAUGGAAACCACCACACUUGAAUACUGCUGAUUUUGCUGCUAUGUUUUACUCUGAAUCAGAUGAAUAUGAUUCCCCUAUAUUUUUGGAAUUGUUAGUUGGAAUACGUGGUGUUAGAGCUAGUGUUAAUUGCUUUUGUGCUCCAGUGGGUCCUUUGUAUCAAUAUCUAAUAGAUGAAUUUAGAGUUUAUAGAACAUCUGGUCAAAUACUUGAAUGCUUCUAUGAUCCAAAUGUUGUCUAUUACAAACCUACAAAGACUCACAAUGGUGCAAUUGCUUGGGGUGAACCAUUAAUUGCAGUACAAGGUGGAUGGGUAGUAGAGAGAAUUAGAACGGAUAAAAAUACUCCAAAUGAUAUAAAUACAGUAAAUAGAGUUUUUGAAUCUAUAAGAGAUGGAAUUAGCAGUGAUGUUCUUAUUAAUACAAUAAAUUUGUAUCACAAGAGUGGGAAGAAGUCUGUUGCAGAAUACUGUAAUCUACCAGAUUUCGUCAAAAAGUUUCAAUCGAGUUUAUUAAGAGAGAAUUAG